AAACAGCUCAGCUAUAAAAAAUGAGCUCGCAGAAAUGAAGAAGUGCUGUAUCCCGUAAUUCCAGGAGUCAGAAGUUGGUAGUCUGCCUCCGUGUCACUGCUGUAACCUGCUCUUCUUGCCCUCUGCGCUGUUGUUUGCAGAUGUUCAUUAGCAUUUGGAUGUCAGCCUCUCAGAGCAAAGCCCCGCCUCCCGUGCUUUGAUUGGACACACUGUUACUGGAGCUGUCAGCUCGGCUGCGGGAAGCUUUUCUCCCCCCUCUCCUCCCUGUUCAGUCAGCCCAGGCUUCAGCUACCUACACACCGACUGACUCGCAGGCGACGGCAGCCUUUCUGCUGCCUUUUGUUCGCUAGCUUAGAAAGCACUAAGAAAAAAAAGACAAGGAGCCGCAUCCAUGCAGUAGCACACUUUGUAUUGGAAAAUGAUCCUCUGUACGAAUAAAAUGGAGUACCCCCUCAGAUCCCAGUUCCAGCGAGUCCACAAACAGGUGAUGGUGAACGGUGAAAAGGAGCGGGUGUCGCUGCUGUUCAUGAAGGCUCUGGUCAGCAGGGGGAGCGUGGACGCAGUGUAUCAGCAGAUGGCCUCUCACCCUCAGUAUCUUGAGAGCUUCCUGCGCACGCAGCACUACAUCCUGCACAUGGACGGGCCCCUGCCUCUGCCAUACCGCCAUUACAUCGCCAUCAUGGCUACUGCACGGCAUCACUGCAACUACCUGGUGUACCUGCACUCUGCUCAGUUUCUGCGGGUGGGUGGGGAUCCUCUGUGGUUGGAGGGUUUGGAGGCGGCACCUGCUCGCCUUCGUCUCCUUGACCGCAUCAAUAAGGUGCUGGCUCACCAACCCUGGCUAGCUGCCUGCUCAGACAUUCAGACUCUGCUGAAGUCAGGCGAGCAGUGCUGGUCUCUGGCUGAGCUAGUUCAAGCCGUGGUGAUCCUGGCCCAUUGCCACGCCCUCUGCAGCUUUGUGGUUGGCUGUGAAACAGACUCAGACUUUGUCCCUCUCUCCAAAUCUCCCAACGGUACCCCGCCGACCUUCUGCCCCUUCGAUGCUGCCAACGGCAACACCAACGUGCCUCAGUCUCUUGCUGCUCUGUCUGAACACAAAACAAGACGACGGUCUCUAGACUCCAGCUGUGACAUGGUGUGUCUAAAGGAAAGGAUCCAGAAGUCUCAGGAGGAGUGUGAGAAGAGAGAAGAGCGUCUGCUGCAGACCCAAACACUCCAGCAAACAGACAUGGAGGAAGAGGAGGAGAUGAUUUGCUUCGCAGACCCAACUCGUUUUAUCACGGACCCCGACUUCUGCUAUCACGAGUUCGCUCGGAGGGAGGAGGACCACUUUCAAGUGUUUAGAGUUCAGGACUAUUCGUGGGAGGACCACGGCUUCUCCUUAGUUAACAGGUUGUAUUCAGACAUUGGGCACCUCCUGGACGACCGGUUCAGAAGCGUGACCACCCUACCCUCACUGCACAGUCCCGACCUGAAGAGGGCGAUCUGGAACUACAUCCACUGUGUGUUAGGAAUACGGUACGAUGAUUAUGAUUACGGAGAAGUGAAUCAGCUGCUGGAACGAGAUUUGAAGCUGUACAUAAAGAAUUUAGCCUGUUAUCCUGAUGCCACCAAAACUCCAGUGUAUCCGUUGAGCUGGGCUCCGCUAAAGAGUUCAGAACGGAUACAUGUGAAUUUACUCAUCAUGGAGGCCCGGCUGCAGGCUGAGCUGCUGUACGCUCUGAGAGCCAUCACCCAAUACAUGAUCGCCUGAGAGCCCCCCCAAGAGACACAAACCUCUAACUUUCCACCGGUACAGAGAGACCCAGAGACAUGAGGAUAAAGAAAGCUGACAGCAGACAGCGAAGAGGGACGAGAGCGGCACAAAGGACACAGAGCUCCGACACUCUGAAGCUGUCCCUCAUGAAUGUUUUUCUUUUUCAGAUUUAAUGUAUUUAUACCAUGACGUGCCACAUCCCUCUUCUCCUCCUUCUCCCCCUCUUGCAGCGUGUUAUGAAGUCCUCUUAUCAAACAUCUCGGCUCUCAAAGGUUAUGUGCAAUCAUUAACUAGACUUGUUUGAAUUUUUACCUGUCGUUUUUUGUUCCAGUGCAGUGGCCAAUACUCUCCCUUUCUGUUUAGUCCCUUUGUAUCUUUGUAUGAAGUUUGCUAUCUCCAAAAACAACAAAGAAUCGACAUGUUACAAAUCUACAGUGAAUGUUAGAGGGAGAGUUAAAGGGCCUUUUUUUUGACAAUCCUUGUCAGUGUUUGAGGACGACAUUUGAAAAUGAACUGCAGAGGAUGACCGUUAUACUCUCCCUAACAUUUCGUAUUAAUGCUGUCCAAGAACAAACAACAGUGACACUGCUGAGAGUUAUCACAUCACUAUAGUUUCUUUUAAUAAGCACUUUUUUAAAACUUUAUAUAUUUAUAAUGCAAGGUAGCUCAUUAGUGGACAUUAAAACGAUGCACAGUGUUCGGUCUGACGCCUUUCUUCUCCACUGUACGACAUGUAAAGAAAGAUUUCAGUGUCUGUCUUUGAACAUUUGAGAUGUUGUUAUCCCAGAUUUCUGAGUGAAGACCUUUGAUCCUUGAUAUUUCAGUAAGCUAUUGGAGGGACUGUGAAGGCAAAGAGAACAUACAUCCUAUAACUAAAUUAAAGGGGUCAGAGAGCUGUUCUCUUACAGCGAAGAUUAAACUGAGCCAUUUACUGAGUGAUUGAUUUUUGUUCGUACAAUGCUCAAAGCAAGAUCAGUAAUGAUCAAAAGAAUGACUGAAUUUCAGAUCGGAGCUCUUUUAAAAGCUUGAAACGAUUAAAUGACAAAUUGAAAGAUUAAAAAUGUCCAGAGGCAGAGCUGCGCUGGCCAUGAGUUGAGGUCAAGUGCAGUUUUUUUUCUAGAUGCUUUGUGUGAAAGCUGUUUCUGAGAGUUGUGUCAAAGCUGACUAUCAAGUCAAAAUCCACGGUACAGAUUUCAGAGCAGAACAAAGUGCGAACAUCUGUUAAACUCCUUGUUUCUGUCUUUUUAUCUUUUAUUUUUACAGUUUUGUAAACUAUAGAGUCUUUCUGUUAAGUUUCUGGGUGUGAUGUAGGACCUGCUUGUUGUGCUGCCACCUGUUGAGAUGUAGAGGUGUGACAGACUGUUUAGAGUUAGGCGAUAGUAACUUUGAGAUGUAGAGAAGAAACUGAGAUGCAUAUCGACUAAAGCAAAGCGCUGUUAACACAGAGGUGCCUUCAGGCUCUGACUGGAGUGCUGCUGAAGUGAAGGGAUGUGACUACUGGAGGCUGAAUGUGGGCUCUGCAGAUGAAAACACUCAGCUGAUGAGUUAAAGACUCGUGGUUUCUCCCUCAUGAAUGGGAAAAUGUUUUUUUCUGAACAUCAGCCGCAGUUCUGAUGAACUGAGUAUGUGAAUGCCCGUGUUUUCAGUCAGACACUUUCUACAAGCCCCAGCAACUCAGCAAGAGCCUUUGACACAGAUGGAUGUGAAAAUGUUCAACUUGAGCAGUUUAAAAAAAAAAAAAAAGGACAAUUAUUUAAA